AUUUGACAAUUCGGUUUCGGUUGUCGCCAUGUUAGUUAAAUCGUAAUCCAAAACGUAAACGGAAAAGAAAGUGGAUUUGUUUUGUGUAGAGAACUCCAACGAAACUGCUUGUUACUCUUAAAAAAUAUUUUCGUGUUAUGUUGUUUUUAUACAGUGUUUUAAUUUCAAGUGCUAAAAUAGAAUUAUAAAAAUAUGUCUUUAUCUGCAACUGAAGCUCAGCGUUCUUUUCGGCUAUAUGUAACCUAUGUGGAUGGAGAUGGACACUUUCUGAAAAUAAGUGGGCAACUAGAUCAACAAUCUUCGUUAAUGAUAGAGAGCCUAUUUCAAACAGCGAGUGUAAAUUUAGAAAAGGGGAUAGGAGCGGUUCCGCCGGCAGCUAUACAUGAAGGAAUAAUUUGUGCCGCGAAAUACAAAGAUGGAACUUAUUAUCGAGCUAAAAUUAUAAACACCACCAAUCUUGCUACAGGUUUGGUUGGUGUACACUUUAUUGAUUACGGUAACAAAGAUAUAAUUUCUCUAAGUACUAUACGCUUUUUAGAUAACUAUGAUCCUAUGUUCCUUCAAUUACGUGGGCAGGCUACAGACUACUAUCUCUCACGUAUUAUGCACCCAGCAGGUCGAUGGGAAGAAGCACUUUUAUUAAAACUACAAAGUUUGCUAUGUUAUGCUGAAUAUCCAGCUACAAUUGAAGCUCAUACUAGAUCAUUACCAAUAAUUUCAGUACAGUUUAAAGGCAAUGAUUUAUCUACUCACCUUGUAUCGAAUAAAUUUGGUUUGGCUUUACCAGUUGCUAAGCAAGAAGUGCUACUAUUGCAAAUGACUGAAAACCAACCUGGACCUAAUUGGUCACCAAGCUUAUUAAAUGAACAACCUUCAUUCACAGAACAUGUUCCAUUUCUAAUCAAUCAAAACUUUCCAAAUCCUGCAGUGGCUAUGAGAUUAAAUCAAACGGUCACAAUGCCAUUUAAUGGAGUACCCCCAUCUUCAUCAAUAAAUCAAAGAUUACUGGUUAAUAAAGCUUCCAGAAAUAUAGUGAAUCUUCGAGCCCCUGUUCGUCAACCACAGCAUCAUCAACCCUCAUCAGCUCCUAUGUCAGCAUUACCUUCUCCCGUAUCAAAGGGACCAACAUCACCCAAGAAAUCUAUUACUUACAAAAGCAAGCUACUCGAAGUUAAUUCUUCUCAUAAGGUUUUUGUCUCAUAUGCUGAGGAAGGUCCAGAAUUGUUUGCAGUCCAAUUGGCAACUGAUGCAAACAAAUUACAAGACAUGAUGGAUGAUAUUAAUAGAAGGCCUCACAGUAGCCUAACAGAACCUCCCAUGAUUGGAACUGUAUGUCUCGGUAGAAUGUCUGGCGAUAGAAUAAUAUGUCGAGCCAUUGUUAUGAAUCUUUCUGGAUCACAAUGCAAGUUAUUCUUUGUUGAUUUUGGUGACACUGAAAUGGUUUCAUACUAUGACAUAUUUGACAUUCCAGAAGAGUUUGUCAAACCUAAUGUAUUUGCUAUGCGAUUUUGUCUGUCUGGAGUCAAAAAACUAGAAAAAGGUCCAUACUUGAAUGAGGCAUUCAAACAGCUUGUGAAUGGAAAAAUUUUAACACUAAAAGUUGUAGCACCAGAAGGGCCACCGUUAAUUCAAUAUGGAGAACUUUACCUUGACAAUAAAAAUAUAUUAGAUUUGUUGCUGGCAAACAUGAAAGAUAAAUUGCAAUUUAGGUGGAUGCAGAUGUUACCACUGGGCAGUAAACAGUCAGUUUUGGUCUCAUAUGUCGAUAGUUGUAUAAAGUUCUAUGUACAGUUGUCUGAUAAGAUUGAAGAAUUGAAUGCUGUUAUGGAAGCUGUGAAGGUUCAUUGUGAAAACACUUCUUCACCAGGCGCGCUUCCUGUUGGUGCAGUAUGUUGCGCUAGGUUCCCUGAUGAUGAUAACUGGUAUAGAGCUAUGGUAAGGGAUACCAAGGGAGAUAAAGUUGUGGUGGCUUAUGUUGACUAUGGAAAUGAACAGGAAGUGGCCAUUGCUGAUGUGAGGACAAUUACCCCUGAUUUGAUUCAACUGCCAGCACAAGCUAUGAAAUGUGCUUUAAAAGGGUUUGAAAACAAACCAGUGGAAACAAAAACAUCAAACCAAUUAGAAAUGCUGGCCUUAGAGAAGACUCUGAUGGCCCAUGUUGUAGGCAUGCUAUCCAAUGACACAAUGUUGGUAACACUGAUUGACGACAGUGUGAGCCCACCCUUGGAUGUCGCGAGAAGGAUGAACCAACUAUCACAGCCAAGGAGCACUGGUAUUGAGGGUAAAGCUCCCGCAGCCCCCCCUCGCAAAGAAGCACCCGAGAUUUUCAGUUCACCAGAAGGUAGUAUCCCUGAUGAUGGACGUAAGAAGAACUUUAGACGAGAGAAGAGCUUUAGAGAUGAUAAGAAACCCACGGAUGGAGAUGAGUUUGGCCAGAGGGGUAGCAGUUUCCGUGGAAGGGAUCACAAGGAUGGCUUCGAGAGGUCGGGCCCAGGCCGGCACAGCGACAAGUUUGCUAAGCCGGAUAGAGGUGAUAGGCGCGGUAAACCCAAAGACAAUCAAUUUCCCCCACAACCGGCACCCGUUGGAGAUGACACCUGGGAAGAGUCGCCGCAGCAACCCGUGCAGUCGCCGCCAUUGCGCCAGAACAGAGAAAACCAUAGAGACAAACGAAAGUCUCGCGCGGACGACAAAAAGGUAGCAAAGGAUAAGGACAAGAAGGAGUCGAGUGUGGGGCGGCGCCUGCGGCAGGCCGCCGAGGCCGCCUCCUCGCACCGCAGCGUGCAGGACCGGCUCAGACGUGACCGAUUCAACAAUCAGGAUGAUGAGAACAAAAUGGAAGAAAGAAACAACAGGUUCCAAAGACCAGACAGACGGGACAACCGCGGUGAGAGGCGAGACAAUUGGGGGGAUAAGAAAGAAAAUUGGAAUCAGAAGCGGGAAUAUCGCGAUAACAGAGGAGAAAGGGGUGAGCGUUUUGAAAGAAGUGAACGAUUCGAAAGAAGUGAGCGUGGGGGAAGAAGCAAUUUCACUCCCCGGGACAGAGCAGAGAGAUCGAACCGCUCUUACUAUUCCGAUAAUGAUAAACGAUCGGAGAAAAGCUUCCGGUCCCACGAUAGCGGAAACGACAGAGCUGGUCGCGCCCCUUACAAAAAUCGCAACCAGUUCACCCCUGUGCCGAGCAAGGAAUUGAAUAAUCCAGUGCCCUUGGACACUCCAUUCGUGGAACCAACAGUGGAACUUGGCUCGCAACAAGAAGUCUCCGUAACUUGGAUCAUUUCACCGGAAAACUUCUAUACGCAAAUCGUUUCGCUCCAACCCAAGUUCUUAGAAAUGAUGCACCAAAUUCCAGAACUCUAUAAGGGUGUUAAAUGCUAUUCAGGAGAAAUUAGCGUGGGCGCUUCAGUUUUGGCGCGAUACCCGGCGGACAGUGUCCUAUAUCGAGCUACUGUUAUUGCCCUACAACCUUUCUCGAAAUACAUCGUUCGCUACGUCGACUUUGGGAAUAAGCAGCUAGUUGACGCAAAAGAUAUAUGGCAAUUGGAUAAACAGUUAAUGGAUUUACCCAUAAUGGCUGUACAUUGUUCGCUAGUGGGAGUACUGCCGAAAGAUGGCGAAUGGAAAGCCAACGCAGACAUAGAUUUGUGUUUCAAUGCGCCGCGGUACCAGUGCAUAUUCCAAGAAGUUGUGGAGGAGCAGUACAAGGUGUCGCUGUGGAAUAACGGAGUGAGUGUUGCCGACCUCCUGGUCGAGAAACAGUUGGCCUUGCCAGCGGAACAUCAGUCUGUUACCUUGAAAGACGAAGCUAUCGACCUGACUAUAAUAGUGGGCCAACAGAUAUUGUGUCGUGUUACGCAUAUUAAUUCGUACGAAAAGUUCCACGUUCAGCUGGACUUGGAUAAGGCGGAUUUAGUUGAAAAGGCCAUCACCUCCUUCGACGCUAGCAAGCUCACGCCAUUGGCUGCGGAUAGUCUCACUGAAGGCAUUCACUGUACGGUGAGACACAACGACAAGAUAUAUCGGGCCAUACUUGGCGACGUUUCCGAUACGGCCAACAUUGAGGCUGUGUUGCCAGACUAUGGUAACACUAUACGCACAUCGUUGGAUAAGCUAAUGAUCCUGCCAACAGAGCUGAGUGUAUAUUACUACCAGUCUUUGGAAUGCGCACUCAAUAACUUUACAGCCGACUCAAAAACUCUUAUUUCUAUGGAGGAAUUGCAAAAGCAACUUUUGGGAAAUAAAUGCAUCAUUUAUAUUAAUGACGUUGAAGAGAUCAGAUUAAUUUCAACGUUAUAUAAUGCAGCAUCAGGAAGGAAGAUAGCAAUUUUCGAACCAGAUGAAGGUGCUUACGAUGAAGUUAUCCCAUUGUGUACUCGUGCAGUGUUUAACUAUAACUUUGGUAUGGCUUACAUAAGUCACUUGGAAAAUCUCAACGAGUUAUACUUGCAAAAAUCCACCGACAUCGACAAGAUUGCGCUUUUAUUGGACGAGCUCUAUAAAUUCUAUGAAGAGGGUCAGCCAGAUGCUCUCGAAAAUUUUGAUACGGAUGCGUUGUGCAUCGCCAAGUCUUCUGAUGGCAAUUGGUAUCGCGCUACAAUAAUCAGUACUACAGAAACAGAUGCAAAAGUGCAAUUCACUGAUUAUGGAAACACAGAAAUUAUUGCAAAGGAAUCAAUUAAGAAAAUGGAUCCCAAGUUCUAUGAGCCCUGUAGUUUAGCUCUUGUUGCUAGCUUGGGUCUGGUUGCUUUAAAUAAUGAGUCUUUACCGAAACUCAAAGAAUGGACAAGUGAUAAAGAAGUUCAAGUCACCUUAGCCUUUGGUACUGAUGGCUGGCUCGCUAAUCUUCAGCUAGAUGGUGUAGAUCUAUCCAUCAAACUUGUUAAUGAAAAAUUAGCUACCCCACAAGUGGCUAAUGAAGAACCAGUUGAAGAGGUCAAAGAAGAGAUCCCAGUAGAACCAAUUUCCCUACCUGCAGGAUGCACCCAAGUGUACAUAAGUCACAUUGACUCACCUGGACAUUUCUGGCUGCAAACGGCGGAUAAAGUUGAUAAAAUCGAAGAAAUACAAGCUGAGCUCCAAGCAAAUGUUGAAUCCUAUCCAAAUAUUGAGAACAGAGAAAUGGGUACUCUGUGUGUCGCAAAAUAUACUGCGGACGACCUUUGGUACCGCGCAGAGAUACUAGACUCUGAUUCCGAUAUAACAACUGUUCGGUUCAUUGAUUACGGAAACACAGAUGUAUUGGACAAUGAGCCAGGGUUAAUAAAGGUUAUACCGGAUCACUUGAAAAUCGUCGAGAAAUACGCUAUUAAGUCUAGUGUAAAUGCUGUUCCAACGGGAACAGGUCAAUGGUCAGAACCAGCUUCUGAUUACUUCACUCAACUAGUAGGUGAUAUUUCUGCACCAGUUGAUGCUUUAAUAGUACUAAAAGAUGUUACUACAUAUGUGGAUAUUUAUGUGAAUGGACUAAAUAUAACAGACAAACUAGUGUCUGAGGGACACGCGACGAAAUCGGAAGAAACUGAAUGUGGUGACUUACCCUCAUGUUUCGCUAGUCAUGUAAAUUCUCCGUCCGAAUUUUGGAUACAGUUAGAGAGUGUAGCUCCUGAGCUUCAAGCAAUGGAAGCCGCUAUGGUUGAUGCGGAAAAUUUCCCUCCACUUGUUGAUAAGGAAGAAGGGGUUUUAUGCGCAGCGAAAUAUCCGGAAGAUGGUGCUUGGUACAGGGCACAAGUGAUUGUCGACGGAUCGGAAGGCACAGAAGUUUUGUUCAUGGAUUACGGUAACGCAUCUAUCGCAAAUGAACUACGAAGCCUUCCAGACGACCUCAAAACUAAACCAGCGUUGUCAAGAAAAUGUGCCUUACAAAAACCGAGAGACAUAAAAUCAUGGUCACGUCGGUCAGAAAUCAAAUUCAACGAAUUAGCAGCAGAAGGCGCAACUAUAUUCAACGUCCAGUUUAUUGCUUCUGGUGAUAUAUCCAUAGUAGAAUUGUAUCUUGAAGGCAAAUCGGUUACCGAGGAACUGGUUGGACUCUGUGAAGAACAACCUGCUUCGGAGAGGCCCACACCAGUUGGUCAAGAUUUACACACGAGUGGUAAAAUUUGUUACGUAGAUUCAUUAAACGAGUUCUAUGUGCAACUAGAUGAUUCUGAAGCUAAUCUGGACAAAGUUAUUGAGAAUCUUAGCAAUAGUGCAGACUUCGAACCUAUUGCGAAGCUAAAAGUUGGAUCCCUUUGUGCAGCUUUCUGGGCAGAAGACGAGCAAUGGUAUAGAGCGAAAAUCUUAGAAUUUUGUGAUAUUGGCAACCAUGUACAAUUUAUUGACUAUGGUAAUAAAGCUAAAUGUGAAGACUUUAGACAACUGCCGGAAGAAUUAUCGGUUAUCGAGCCGCUGGCUAAAUGUUGCCGCUUAGCUGGCAUAACUGAAGACUUUGCCACAAAUGAAGCUGCCAAGUUAAAAUUAGAAGAUUUAGUUGCUGAAGUUACAACAUUCCAAAUAGAAUUUUUAGACAGCGCAGCUGAACCUGCUCUAGUGAAGUUAAUUUUAAACGAUAAAGAUUUAAUUUCAAUAUUAUCUGAGGAAACUCCUGCAGCUAAAAGCGAACUGGCGUCCAACGCACAAAUACCUGCAGAUAACAAUGAAGAAGAAAUGACAACUAUCAAUGAUGCACUUGAUAUCGUCAAUGACAUAGACUCUUCUCAAGUAGAUUUGAAUGAAAGCAUGGGAAGCGCGAAAACAGUUGUUGAAAACACAUCAUUCAUGGAAAAGAGCGAUAUAGCAGAAAAUACCUCAACACCAGAGAGAGAUCAAUCCAAUACACCAAAUAAAGAUUCAUCCAAUGAUACUCUUGAAAGAGACGCAUCUAAUGACACAGUUGAAAAAGAUUCGUCUAAUAAUACGUUGGAGCAGGAAAAAUCUAUAAAAACUCCAGAAAGAGAUGAAUCCAAGGAGUCUCUGAACACUGAUACUGGAUAUAUAAGUGAUGGUGAACAAAAGCCUAAAGAAUCUCCUGUAAAACAGACACAAAUUGUAGAUGCUAUAAAAAGUGAAGACAAAUCGCAAGAAAAUAUUUAAAUAACUAAAAUUACGUAGAGUAAAAUGCAAAGCAUUUUAUAUUCUGUCUGCUAAUUGUUUAAAGGUACUUAUAAUGAUAGCUUUAGCAUUGUUUGCCUAAUGAACAUGACUGACAUACUUUAUCUUUACGUAAUUGUGAUAUGGAUGAAUGAGACUUUUAUCAUAUGUAUGGUAUUGCGCGUUGUGUUGUUAUACAUUUUUGUUAACCAGUACUGCAGUGAGAGAAAGUAAUUUAUGUUAUGAGUGUUAUGAGAAAUAUUAUCACUUUCAUUCAUGCUAUUCCUCGAUGCGUUAUAUAAGUACUACGAUUUCUUUUAUUUAAAAUGUUUAUAUAGGGUUGAACUUUCGUUGUUUCAUGUAAGAUAGUAUUGUAAGUCUCGAUAUAUUAUUGUUUAAUAGUAUUAUGAAUACUCAUUUUUUAUUCCUGUUUUGGUCUCCUAAAGUUAUAAUAGUUUGUUUAACAUUUAAUAUUUUUAUUUUGUUACAUUAUGCAUAAUUAGCAUUAUUUAUUGCAUAAUUGUACAUUCCCUGUUGUCACUUAAAAAUAAAAAACAAUUGUGUAUAUUGUCAUGCUUAUUGACCUAUCUUCGAAUAUAUAUACUUACGUUGGACUCGAAAUAUAAUAAAAAAAGUUGUGUAACUU